AACAGUUUGUUUCAUUUAGACCAUCAUUUGGUUCCCAGCUUUAGAGAGAGAGAUAGAGGUAGGUGCAGACGAUGGCGAGGGACAUAGAUGACCUUCCCAAGCUUGAUGCUAACUACAUGGCCUUGACGCCGCUGUGGUUCCUGGAGAGAGCAGCUACGGUACACCCCACCAGAACAGCCGUGGUUCAUGGAUCAGUUCACUAUACGUGGGAGCAGACCUACCAACGGUGCCGUCGAUUGGCCUCGGCUCUAUCCAGGCGCAACAUCGGCGCUGGAAGCACGGUAGCAAUAAUUGCACCAAAUGUCCCGGCCCUGUACGAAGCUCACUUUGGAGUUCCAAUGGCUGGAGCAGUGUUAAAUACUGUCAAUAUUCGUCUCAACGCAUCAACCAUCGCAUUCCUUCUGGGCCAUUCAAAAUCUGCAAUUUUGAUGGUGGAUCAAGAGUUCUUUUCCUUGGCAGAGAAUGCUUUGAAAAUCUUAGCAGAGAAUGAUAACCAUUAUAACCCUCCACUAUUGAUUGUUAUAUCUGAUAAAAGCUGUCGUCCCGAGUCACUCAAGGAUGCUCUGGGAAAAGGGGCCAUUGAAUAUGACAAGUUCCUGGAAAGCGGUGACCCUGAGUUUGCUUGGAAACCACCAGAGGAUGAGUGGCAGAGUAUUGCUUUGGGUUAUACUUCCGGCACAACAGCCAGCCCCAAGGGGGUAGUGCUUAGCCACCGGGGGGCAUAUCUCAUGGCGUUAAGUUGUGCUAUGAUAUGGGGUCUCAAUGAAGGAGUUAUUUAUCUGUGGACUUUGCCCAUGUUCCAUUGCAAUGGUUGGUGUUACGCCUGGUCGCUUGCAGCUCUUUGCGGGACAAAUAUUUGCUUGAGGCAGGUCACAGCCAAGGCAGUCUAUUCGGCCAUUGCCAACCAAGGUGUGACUCACUUCUGCGCUGCACCUGUGGUGCUCAACACAAUAGUAAAUGCUCCAAAAGAAGAGACUAUCCUUCCCUUACCCCGCGUCGUCCAUGUGAAUACAGCUGGUGCUGCCCCACCCCCUUCUCUUCUCUUUGCAAUGUCAGAGAAAGGCUUCCAUGUUACCCAUACCUAUGGGCUCUCAGAAACUUACGGUCCAUCCACUGUAUGUGCAUGGAAGCCUGAGUGGGACUUGCUUCCUCCCAUCGAACAAGCUCGCCUCAGAGCACGCCAAGGCGUGCGAUACACUGGCUUGGAGGGCCUAGACGUAGUUGACCCAAAAACUAUGAAACCUGUAGCUGCAGAUGGAAAGGCCAUGGGAGAAAUAGUGAUGCGAGGAAAUCUUGUAAUGAAGGGCUACUUAAAGAAUCCAGAAGCUAACAAAGAAGCCUUUGCAAAUGGGUGGUUUCAUUCUGGUGAUCUCGCUGUGAAGCAUCCAGAUGGGUAUAUAGAAAUCAAGGAUAGAAACAAGGACAUUAUCAUUUCAGGAGGUGAAAACAUUAGUAGCUUGGAAGUAGAAAAUGUGCUAUAUACGCACCCUGCAGUAUAUGAAGUAUCUGUGGUAGCAAGAGAAGAUGAGCUAUGGGGAGAGUCCCCUUGUGCUUUUGUGACAUUGAAACCAGGCACGGAGAAAUCUAAUGAAGGACGUUUGGCAGAAGAUAUAAUCAAGUUUUGCCGGUCGAAAAUGCCUGCCUACUGGGUUCCAAAGUCUGUUGUGUUUGGACCAUUGCCAAAAACUGCUACGGGGAAGAUUCAAAAGCAUGUGUUAAGGGCCAAGGCCAGAGAGAUGGGGCCUGUCAAAAAGAGCAAGUUGUAGAAAAUGAGACUUGGCAUCUUUUUGAUGGCUGAAUAAAAAAAUAACUCCUAGAUACCAGUGUGGAUGGUUUAGGAUUAUCUAUUGUUGGUCGCUUCAUACUUCUAUUUUAAUUUGAGCUACCAAUAUAAUUUAUCUAGUGUGUGAUUCUACAUGUGGGGUUGCUGAAAUUUAAACUAAAACCUAAAAUUGAAAUUUUACUAUUUCAUGAUAUA